AUGAAGCCAAAGACCUACCAAUUCGUGGUGGCCCUCUUUGCCGCCUUCGGGUCGUUCCUUUACGGCUAUGAUCUUGGUGUGAUCGCCUCAGUGGUCGCGUCGGACUCAUUUGAUGAGAAAUUCUUGACCCAUAAUGGAAGUGUUAUCUCUGGGACAGUUGUGUCGCUGUUCACGGCUGGAGCAUUCUUUGGAGCCCUCGGGGCAGGUUACACCGACCCGCUGGGUCGUCGCGCAACCCUCGUUUUAGGAUCAGUGCUGUUCUGUGUUGGAGGCAUCUUGCAAACAGCGGCCGUAAAUGUUGGCAUGCUGCUGUUCUCCCGCAUCUUUGCUGGGUUUGGAAUCGGGAUCCUCGUCGAAACCGUCCCAAUGUUCCAGGCAGAGAUCGCACAUGCCAGUAUUCGAGGUGUCCUGGGAUCGCUCCAGCAGACCAUGCUGGGUAUUGGAUCCCUAUCGGCCUCCUGGAUCGGAUAUGGAUGUGAAAAGACCUGGUCUAACACCGGCGACAGUGUUCAAUGGCGACUCCCCCUGGCACUUCAGCUCGUCCCUGCGAUUGGACUUGCAUCGUGCAUCUAUUUCUUCCCCGAGUCCCCUCGCUGGCUAAUCGACCACGAUCGUCACGAAGAAGGGCUGCACAAUCUGGCACGACUGCACGCCAACGGCAACAUCGACGACCCGUACGUCCGCGCCGAAUAUGAGCUGAUUCAGCGUCAAAUCGACGAGGAGCACCAGCAUGCGGCAAAAUCAUACAAAGAACUUUUCGCCAACCGGUCAAACACGCGUCGAAUCAUCAUCGCCUGCGCCUGUCAAGCAUCCAGUCAAAUGACCGGCGUCUCCGCUAUCCAAUACUUCUCCCCAGCGAUUUUCGCGCAGAUCGGAAUCUCAACCUCCAAAACCCUCCUCUACCAAGGCAUCAACUCGAUCAUCGGCGAGCUCGCGCAAUUCAUCUUCUUCUUCCUGAUCGACCGCGUGGGGCGCCGGCCGCUGCAAAUCGGAGGCAACAUCGCCUGCGGGUUAGCUUUCAUCAUUGGCGCCUCGCUGCUGUCGCAGUACCCGCCGGACUCGGCCAACACAGCCGCGCACUGGGCUUUUAUUGUUUGCAGCACCUGGGUCUUCAACUUCUGCUUCUGCGCUUCAGGGACGAUGUCGUGGAUCAUCCCGGCGGAGAUCUUCAAUACGGCAACCCGCGCUAAGGGCAUCUCUCUGGCGACUAUGGUCUCGUUCGCAUUCAACACGAUGAUCGCCCAGGUGACGCCCAUCGCGCUGGAGCGCAUCGGCUGGCGCUACUAUCUGCUGUUCAUUGUGUGUGAUUUCGGGAAUGCGUUGUUUUUCUAUAUGUUCUUGCCUGAGACGAAGGGUUUGUCGCUUGAGGUGAUGGAUGAUCUGUUUUCGAACGCGCCGUUGCUGGUGCCUGGUAGUCGGUGGGAGGUGUCACCUGAGGUCAAUAUUGAGAAGGCGUUGGCGCAGGAGGCUGCGGCGGUGGAGUUGGCUGAUCGGUUCGGAACAGUGAGUGAACUACCUAAGAAGAGAUAA